CCCGUGCGCCAUACGGUCGUCACACGGUGUAGUGAUGCGCAGUGUAUAGUUUCACCAGUUUCCAUCAUCGUCCUCAUCAACUUACUGCUCGGAGAACUGUCCUCAUUGCGGACGUCGUGAUCAAUCAUCAAGUUGGACGAGGGAGGAAAGACGGCCCGUGUGAAGUGCCGUGUGAAGAAUCUCACAAGUUUCUAUUGAAAGGAGGAAUCAUUACUGUUCGAGUGGAAUCAUUACUUCCUCGUGUUCUGUUCAUGGACUUAUGUUAAUGACGACGACUGGCUGAGUUCUUCAUGGGAUCAAAAACCCAUUUUAUCAAUUCCUACGUGACGUAGUGUUGACCUAACGUUUCGCACAGGUUCCGCGUGAAUCACGACGGUCGUUGAAAUUACUACGAAUGGGUUUGAUUUGCCUGUCAGUCAGACCUGUUUAGUGCGCGUUAAUUGUACCACAAGCAAAAACUGAUAUCUCUAUAGUCAAAGCGCAAAGGAUGCAGCAAAGUCGACAGAGGAUUGUGAUGCAGAUAGGGAAGUACCAUUCGAAGAUAUAUCUAAUUUUUGUGAGUUCGUGCUGUAAUGACCAGUAGUGUAUCUGCGCGCGGAUCGAAAAAACUGAAGAAAGGAUCAAUCGCAAUAAAGUGUAUGUUUCUACACCUAUGAUCGCUAUGACAAAUUUCAUUAGUGCCAAAGUACAUUGAUGUACACGUUAAAUGCAAGUAUACUUCGACAGUUGCAUGAUAGGGUGACUGUGAACGCGGAAUUUGUUGUUGAUGGAACAUCGAAGAAACUACCUUUGUCGCGUUAUCGUGUUGAAAGAAUAAAAAGACGAUAACUUGUAAUAACAUGGACCAACUAAUGCACAUAUUACGCAAAUCUCAUAGAUUAUAAUCCAACGACAUUAACGAACGACCGUUGAUGAACAAACAAAAAUUAUGUAUUAUAUAAAGCUCAACAUUAAAAGAAAAACUUACAUCUGUUACAAACCUAAAACAUCACGCAGAAUAAGACAAAAUGUAAAAUUAUCAAAAUAGUCAGUAACGGUCAAUAAUAAAUUCGCUCACAUGACACACUGAACUGACAAUACCAAACUCACGCGACAGCUUGAUUCGACAUCGACGAUUGCCCAUUUGAGGCACGACUGCGAAUCUCAUUUGGCUCCUUUGACCCCGAAUCGCAAUUAGCAGUCGAUCCAAAAUAAUCUAAACCAUUCUUCAAAGUGAUCACAAGAGCAAAAUUUCAAAAAGCAGAGAGAGAAAGAGAGAGCAAGUUACUACUUCGUCUUGCGACGCUUUGAGCCACGCGUGGGACUUGAACUUUCGCGCCACAAAGUAGAUUAUGCCUCACACGUAGUAGUGUCGAAUUGCGAUCGGUCCCGUUCGAUUUUCGACACCGGUCAGUCGGCUCGAAAGACCUUGCCAUGGACACGAGUGUAGAGGAGACCGAGUUGGACGUCGGCUCGGCGAGCGACGAGUUGGAGUCGUCGGUGGCUGAGCCGAGGCACGCGCGACGUCCGACGCCGCGACCUUUCACGAUCGAGAGUUUGAUCGGGGGCGCACGCGAGGUCCACGACAGCGGCGGUGGUGGCGGCGGCGGUAUCGUGAGGGAUGACCGAACCAACGGCAGCGAAGAGGAGGAUCACCGGGACCGGGAGUACCAGCUCUAUCAAAGGCACUACCUGGCAACGGCCGCGGCGAGCACGCUGCCCUCGGGUUUCGGUGUGCCGCUCGGGCUAUAUAGCGCCUGGCUACCGAUGCGGAUGUACGGCGGCGGUGGUGCAUCCGGUGUCCCGAUGUUGCCGCCGCAGCAUCCGUCCGCUGGCUACUCGGCGCAUCCUGAACUGCAUCAGAGCCGAUUGACCCAGCACUCGGCACCGGCACCUAGUCAUCCACAGGGAUACUACCCGCUCGAUGGCUGCCGUCGUGCUGCGAAUCAACGAGCGCCGAGCAGCUUCACCGACAGCGAGGACGAGGACGGCAGCGUCGGCUCGCCGGCCUCUCCGGUUCACGACCUCUCCAAGUCGCGGCACGGCUCCGAGAAUGGCCGUGCGUCAGCUGAAAGCGACGACGAGGGCGGCGGGGCUGCGGGCUCCAGCGAAGGUCACGACGUCUCCGAUGGUCCUGUCGGCGGCGUCAGCAAUGUCGUCACUAGUCCUAGCGGCGGUACUUUGGAGAAUGGACAGAGCUCGUCCGGGUCGAGCACUGGUGGCAACAAGGCUCGUCGACGACGUACCGCCUUCACCUCGGAGCAGCUGCUGGAGUUGGAGCGCGAGUUCCAUGCGAAGAAGUACCUGAGCCUGACGGAACGUUCGCACAUAGCGCACGCAUUGAAGUUAUCGGAGGUCCAGGUGAAGAUUUGGUUUCAGAAUCGACGUGCUAAGUGGAAACGUGUGAAGGCUGGGCUGAGUGGCGGUGGCGUUGGCGUCGGUUCAGCAGCGGCGGCAGCAAUGACACCCUCUGGUGCUUCUGGUCGUCACAACGGCGCCACGGGACAACACACCGGCUCGGGCACCAGGAUCGUAGUGCCGAUACCAGUGCAUGUGAGUCGUCUGGCGGUCCGCUCGCACCAUCAUCACCUGGAGAAGUGCGCGAGGGCACCGCGCGCGAGACCGACGCAGCCCACGGGCGAUAGCGGGUCCUCGGGAACGGCACCGUCGUCGAUGUUGAGCGACGCUUUGGGACUGGUGAACUCGUCGGUGAAUCUGACCGGGCAGGUGCAGCCACCCUUGGGUGCCGGCAUGGGGGUAGAGAUUGGCGUCGGGGGUGGCCUAAGGGCCUUCGCGGUGCCAGCGCACCGGACCGGUCUCGGGUCGUCCGGAAGGUAGUGAAUGUCGUGGACGAUGAGCACGCAUACCCGGUACGGUGGGGCGUGAAAAGAGAAAGGUUAGAGGUAGAUUAAUCGGCGUAGGACGCGCGCGGCAAGAUGGAGAGACAGAUCGAUUGCUCGGGACAUGCGAGAGAUAUAAGUGGAAAACGCUUCUCCAUCAUGAAAUUUUAUACAGUCUCAAUGUGGGAUCGGAUAUACAGCGUUGAUUAAACAUUCGGUAUCAACCUUGACAAACAACCUUGGACUCCAUUAUGAGAAGAUAAA